AUGGCAAUAGCGAACAAUGAUCAAUCUUUUCUUUUAGAUGUUCUUUACUGUGAAGAAGAAGAAGAAAAAUGGGGUGAUUUGUUAGAGGAUGAAGAAGGGGUUAUUAUUAACCCAUUGUUGUUGUCUUCUGAAGGAACAACAAAAACUAAUUCUUUAUUAUUAUUACCUCUGCUUCUGUUGGAACAAGAUUUGUUUUGGGAAGAUGAAGAGCUUCUUUCACUUUUCAUUAAAGAAAAAGAAACCCAUUGUUGUUUUGACAGUUUUGGGAGUGACCCUUUUCUCUGUUCAGCUCGUGUUGAUGUUGUUGAAUGGAUUCUGAAAGUGAAUGCUCAUUAUGAUUUCUCUGCAUUGACUGCCAUUUUAGCCAUUAAUUACCUUGACAGGUUUCUUUCUAGCCUUCAGUUUCAGAAAGAUAAGCCAUGGAUGACUCAACUUGCUGCUGUUACUUGUCUUUCUUUAGCUGCUAAAGUUGAAGAAACUCAAGUUCCCCUUCUUCUUGACUUCCAAGUGGAGGAUGCAAAAUAUGUGUUUGAGGCAAAGACUAUACAAAGAAUGGAGCUUCUGGUGCUGUCAUCACUGAAAUGGAGGAUGAAUCCAGUGACCCCACUUUCAUUUCUUGAUCAUAUUAUAAGGAGGCUUGGGCUAAAGAACAAUGCUCACUGGGAAUUUCUCAGAAGAUGUGAAAGUCUUCUUCUAUUUGUCAUGACUGAUUGUAGAUUCGUACGUUAUAUGCCUUCUGUAUUGGCUACUGCAAUUAUGCUUCAUGUUAUUCAUCAAGUUGAACCUUGUAAUGCUGUUGACUACCAAAAUCAACUUCUUGGUGUUCUCAAAAUUAGCAAGGAGAAUGUGAAUAAUUGCUAUGAACUCAUAUCUGAAGUGCCUAUUAUAUCACACAAACGCAAAUAUGAUGAAAAUCCCAGUAGCCCAAGUGAUGUAAUUGAUCCAAUUUACACUUCAGAAAGUUCAAAUGAUUCAUGGGAAUUGGAUUUGCCUUUGUUCAAGAAAAGCAAAGUUCAAGAACAGCAAAUGAAAAUGGCAAGCAGAGUUUUUGUGGAAGCUGUUGGUAGUCCUCAUUAA